AUGUCCGCCCUCCCCGUCCGUGUUGCUCAUGCCUGGGCCAUAGUUUGGCUGGACUUGUAUCAGACGCCUUGUCUCAUCACAGAGGGGUUCACUGAUGGUAUCAAGGGCAUGUUCAGGGAGAUAGGCAGGGGCAAGCAGGAGUAUCCCUUCAACCCAUUGAACCCCGCGACUGCCACAACGAACCGCUUGGGUCGGAAAAAGAAGUACUGCAACGACAAGAAUUCUUUCCGUUUUGGAGUGACCUAUUAG